AUGGAGUCAUCCGGAACUUCAAGAUCAUGGUUCGAAGCGGAGAUACAGAGACAGAGAAAUGUCAUUUUUGAGGCCAUCGUCGUCCCAUUAUGCAACAACGACACCAUCCAGAAGACCCCUUUACAUCCUGAACACGAUCUCCAGUAUAUACAUUCGUAUCGCUGCAGUAUCGUGAAUACAAAGGGCCCAAUCCCGGUAUUCAUUGCCCCAAACUCCGGUUUAAUCGACCCACUCAAUGGCAUCUUCCAGUCUAGUGGUGUACCGUCACAGCUAGCAGACUGGGAAGUUGACAUCAAGCACAAGGAAUAUCCCAAUUUCUAUACACCCACAGAUCUCAAGCCAAACAGAUCAUCCGUGAAAGAAAAUUGGAGGCGCUAUGAUGAAGCCAUCAAACACUGGAUUGCAUUUGGGCACAAGUUGGACGACGAAUCCAGGAAGGUUUGGCUUGAGAACGCAGGUGACCUUAGCACCACAACUACAACUACCAAGAUCACCAGCCACAAGUUCUAUCGAAAUGGAAAAACAUGGGCUGAUUUGACAUUCCUGAAGAUUAUCUUUGGCCUUGAUCAUGUCUCGAGUGGAGCGGCCACUGCCAAGUUCCAGAAACUCUUCCCAGCUUCCGAUAUUACAGCAUGGGACUUCAACCUGGAUGGGCCUGCAAAUGGUGCACAAUUCAGCCACAACGUCAAAUUAGAGCUGGUUCCGGACUCUCUUACGCCUAAAAAGGAUAUUCGUCUUCGAACUUUAGACCCAUCCCAGCCUGCAAAGGAUCUUCCCGAUCCUUCUCUGUCUGCAGCUAUCAGCCCUGGCAACAAUUUGCCAACACCAACAUCCAUUGGGUCCAAGGAUCGAAAGGGGGACUCAGGUUCUCCAGGGCUGAAAAGACUAAUAUUAGAACACGAUGACACCAAAAAGAAACGACUCGAGAAACUUGCGAUGGAGUUGGACGCCCGGGAGAAGACACUGGAUGCCUGGGAAAGGGAGUUGAAUGCUCGAGAGAAGGAUUUGGAUGGGCGGCAAAUCAGUUUGGGAAAUCUCCAACAGCGACUGAACGUACAUGAAGAGGAUAUAAGCAAGCGCGAACGGGAAAUGACACACAAAGAAGGGUCCAUACGCAGGCUCAGAUUCGUCCACUACCCAGAAUCGGAGCCGGACCAAAGACUUGCUGGCGACAGAGAGAUACCGGAGAGACAUUAUUUGGACUAUUGUGACGGAAUUUAG